GGCCAAUAUGGAGGGCUUUGCGUCUAACUCUCCAUAUUACGCGUACAGGCGCUACCAAAGGAAAAAGGAACCGUCGAAGGUUCAAAUUGUAAAAGAGAGUUUUAAAACAAUAAGCAAAGAGUAUUGUACCGAGUCGUCCAUCUGCGGUCUCAAACAUCUCGUAAACGAGAACACUCCCUACAUCGAAAGAAUCAUCUGGAAAAUUACCCUAAUUGGUGCGCUGGCUGGUUCCGUGUCUUUGGUCUGGAUGACGUUCAUGAAGUACCACUGGGCUCCUUUGGUGACCACCCAACUGCCUGAAGGGGUAUCCGUAAAUAAGAUAAUCUUCCCAGCAGUUGGUAUUUGCUCCAACAACAGGAUAAGUAAACGAGCCGUAGAAGAACUUGCAAAAAACUUACUCAAGGAAGAAAGAAACAAGAACUAUACGGAAAAACAAAUGCUAUCAAUGUUGUUUGGUUUGGGCCAACUGUACGACUUCGCGAUCGAGAACAAGGAAUAUACUCCUCUUCAAUUACACGAAUCUUUGGGAAAUUAUGACGUCAAUACUUUACUUAGAAAUCUAACUCCCAAGUGCGAAGAUAUCUUGGUCAGAUGCGCCUGGAACGAGAUCCCGAAGAACUGCUCGGAACUGUUCGACUUCCGCCUCACGAUGAACGGCUACUGCUGCACUUUCAACUACUUGAGGCAUUCUGAUAUAUUUUUUAAAGAUGCAACAAACUCUACACGAAGUAUCAACAUGUAUCAAUAUGGUAAUAAAUCAUCAUUCGACUUCGAUCUGGGGCUGAAGGUUCUGCUGAGACUAACCGAAAGCGAUGAUUUUUAUUACAAUAUGCCUUUGCAAGGAGCUCAGUUGCAAUUUUCGGACGCCUAUGACUUUCCUGAUGCGCCAAGUGGUAGUUUUGCGAUGCAAAUCAUAAAUCCCAGUGUCCAGAUGUGGGUGUUAGUAACAGCCAGCUUCACGGAAGCGUCCAGGGACAUUCAGCACGUGCCAGUGAAGCUGCGCCAGUGUCUCUUCUACGACGAGUCUCCGUACCUUCCUUUCUACACCCAUAGCGACUGCAUGCUGAAGUGCCGCAUGCUGUUCCUCCUGGAGAAUUGUAAUUGCACCCCCUUUAAUAUGCCCAAGAUGAUACAUGCUCGGACCUGCGAUAUGAGGGAUGUGGCUUGCUUGAGGAUGUACUAUGCUCAGUCAAUAACAGUCCGCCCAAACGUGGAAGUGGUUCCCCCAGAGCUGGAGCUGGACAAUGUGGGUGGAGGGAUAAACUGCCCCAUGUGCUACCCAACCUGCUCGAAGACAGCCUACAAUUAUUACUUCAACAAUAUCAACAUAUACCCGGAGAUGCUCAACAGUGUUCCAGAUAGCGACAGAGACGAUUGGCUACAAGGCGCGAACUACACCGGAACUUCGAUAGUUCACGUCAAGUACGGGAGGGAAGUCGCCGACUGCUACGGCCAAAACGUUAUCAUGAAGUGGUUCGAUUUGAUCAGUAAUAUAGGAUCAACGUGUGGUUUCCUGACAGGCUUUAGUUUCGUAUCGGUCCUGGAAUUCAUCUACUUCUUCACCGUGAAACUCUUCCGCGAAGUAGAGUCCCGUAGGAAGAAGAAUCGCAAAGUUACCUUCGACAGACCCACUCCUGCUCAAUUCGAAAAGAACAUUAGCAGAUACAGACCGAUUUAUUGGAACGAACUCAGAGGGACCAAUGUGCAGAGUAGUAAAGACAACAGAGAUUUUGGGCACAUGUAAUUUAGGAUUUUCUGGUUGCUCUUCGUAGCACUGUCUUGGUAUGCGUCUUUUCUAUUGAUUGUGG